UUUUUUUUUACAAAUUUUUAUUGAAACCAUUUUCACGCAAAUAAAAAUUCAUUGUGCAACAACAAACUGGAUUUUAUAUCAUAAAGCAUUGCAACGCACGCUACACCGCAUGCAACGAAGCAGUGCGCCAUCUAGCAACCACCCUACAAUUUGAGCUGCAAACCACCGGCCGCCGCAGGCGUCUCAUCCCACCGAAAAACUAGUCCACAAUUAAACGUGCAACGGCAAAAACUACAACUAGACAGCCAGUGCGACGAGAAACGCUGCACAAUUAAAACCUAAUCUUAUUGGAAUCCCUCUCAGCUCACUUGUGGCGGCACAAAUUGGUUUAGCAUUGCGCGUCCUUCUCAAACUCGGAAGUAUAAGUUCAUAAACAACGUCCACUAAAACACUCACACAAAUAUUAUGGCAAAUCUAAUGAAUCGUGCACGUGAUAAUUUUCUAGGCAACAACAACAAUCAACAUAUGCACGACGAGGGUGUCGUGAUGCCCGAUGUUGAUAAUAGCAUGGAUGACGGGGAUAUGGAUGAUCCUAUGGUGCUAAGUACUCCCGGGCGUACGCUAAAUGCCACAAUGAGUGACCAAGCGCUCAAUACUCUAAAUGAGCUGCGGCGCAACAAUCUACUCUGUGAUGCAGUUAUAUCGGUGUCCGAUGAUUCUUUCAAUGUACAUCGUGCCAUUAUGAGUGCUUCCAGUUCAUAUUUUAGAGCGCAAUUCACCGGCUUCAAUUCAUCAUCAUCACCAGAGAAAAGUGACGAGAAUCGGUCAGUAUACAUACCAGGCAUGAGUGGAGCAAUUAUGGAGCAAUUGAUUCAGUAUGCUUACCUGCGCAAGUGCACCAUCAAUGCGGACAAUGUACAUGAACUACUCAUAUCGGCCGAUUAUGUGGGUAUGAUGGGACUGGUGACGCAGUGCAAGCAACAACUCGCUACAAUGUUAACGCCUGAGAAUUGUGUGAGCAUAAUGGGAUUCGCAAAAUUUCGCUUUCUUGAUGAUUUAUAUGCCAAAGCGCGUAACUAUCUGCUGCGCUACUUCAUUGUGGUUGCCGCUAAAAAUAAGGAUAUACUCGAAAUCGGUUUAAAGGAUUUCUAUGAUAUCAUUAGCGACGAUGAGCUGAAUACACGUGAGGAGGACCAUGUAUGGAAGUUGUGCAUCAAGUGGAUCGAUCGCGACCCAGAAAAUCGAAAGCAAUAUGUUGCACAGCUGAUGCAGGGUGUACGCUUGGGUUUGAUGACACCGAAGUGCUUCAUGGAAGAGGUGAAAGAGCAUCCGUAUGUGUUGCAGUGUGACGACGCCAAACCAUUGAUUGUUGAGACAUUUAAAUUUAUGUAUGAUUUGGAUAUAAUGAAUCCAUCAUCGGGCGAGCUCACAACACCACCAUUAGCAAUGCCACGCCUGCCACAUGAGGUCAUCUUUGCCAUAGGCGGCUGGAGCGGUGGCACUUCGAAGGGCUGCAUUGAGACCUAUGACACACGCGCCGAUCGUUGGGUGAAUAUACCAGCCGAGGAUCCAGCUGGACCGCGUGCCUAUCAUGGCACCGCCGUCAUUGGUUAUAAAAUCUAUUCGAUUGGUGGGUAUGAUGGCGUGGAAUACUUUAAUACAUGUCGGGUAUUUGAUGCGGUGCGAAAGAACUGGAAGGAGAUUGCGCCAAUGCAUUGUCGUCGCUGCUAUGUUAGCGUGGCUGAACUUAACGGUCUUAUCUACGCAAUUGGCGGUUACGAUGGUCAUAAUCGCUUAAAUACGGUCGAGCGUUAUAAUCCGAAGACAAAUCAGUGGACCGUUAUAACAUCGAUGAAUAUGCAAAGAUCUGACGCAAGCGCAUGCACGUUGAGGGGGAAAAUUUAUACAACGGGUGGUUUCAAUGGGCAGGAAUGUUUAGAUAGCGCCGAAUCUUAUGAUCCGGCCACCAACGUUUGGACGCGCAUACCCAAUAUGAAUCAUCGUCGUUCGGGCGUAUCCUGUGUGGCCUUUCGUGGACAGCUUUAUGUGAUUGGCGGCUUUAAUGGUACUGCGCGUCUAUCCACUGGCGAACGUUACGAUCCCGAUGCGCAAUCGUGGUCGUUUAUACGCGAAAUGAAUCACUCUCGUAGCAAUUUUGGACUAGAAAUAAUAGAUGAUAUGAUUUUCGCUAUCGGCGGUUUUAAUGGCGUCUCAACCAUUUCACACACAGAAUGCUAUGUGGCCGAGACUGAUGAGUGGAUGGAAGCGACCGAUAUGAAUGUAGUACGUUCGGCGCUCACAGCCAACAAUGUAGCUGGAUUGCCAAAUAAACGUGACUACAUACACAAGGAACGCGAUCGCUUGAUGGAGGAACGUCGUCAGCGGCUGCUAGCAAGCGCCAUGGCACGCGAUGCGGAGACGAUCUCCGUAUCGAAUGCCUCAGUGGAGACACAAGAUGCCGCUAUGGACGAUUACGAUAGCCCAAACGAGGAUGAUGAUGCCGACGAUGAGGUAGAUGCCGCUGCAGCGCUUGCACCGGUAAUUGAGGAUCGUCAUGAAGAUCAGCAUCCCGAUCCGAAUCGGCGUUUCCGCGUGCAAUUGAGAGCGCAACGUUUCGGUUCGCAACAUGAGAUACGAAGAAGGGCAUAAAGUAAUGCAUCAUAAGCGGUAUCUUCAAUUACGAAGUGAUAACAAAAUUUACAUAAAUGAGAAAUUCUUUGUAAUAUGAAUAAGUGAAUGUACCGGAUGAGGAA